UGUUACAUUUCCUGAGACCACCACGAUAUCAACAUGUCUUUCCAGGAAUAAGCAGUGGCAUGUUGAUAAAGUUAUCCUAUAACGAUUACAGUUUUUCUCUUACAGUACUUACUGCUUUGUCUUUAUGUCUUUGCUUCCCUUAUCAAUGAAAUAAGACAGGGUUGAAUAUUUUCUACUUAGCUUCUAUCUACACGCCUAAAAGUUGUGUGGAUGAACCCGCUUAGGAUAGAGUGUCUUCGCGGGAUUGGAUAGGGUUAGCGUUGUAUAGCAUUAAACCUGUUUAUCUAGAAAUUCAAUGUUGGUUUCACUUGAGGGAGGAAAACAGUCUUCAGAGUUCAACUAACCCCUGCCCACCAUGAUUCAGCUAUUUGUAACGGAGGAAACGGUAUAAUCAUGGUCGGUGGUUUUUAUUUGAAUGGACACAUUCUAUUGCAAAGUUAAGUUUGACUUGAGCAAUGGGAGCUGUAGUUUUGUCGUUCAUGGAAUAUUACCAUUCAAGCAGACACAUCACGAGAAAACAAAUUCAAUUACAUGACGUGUGGGGACACGCAAAAGGAACUUCUAGACAUCUGAUUGGUUGUUGAUUUACAUCACGUGGGUUUUUUUUUUACCUUAUCAAUUUUCGUUUAUUCGAAUCAUCGAAUCAGUAUCUGCAGACUGUUGGUCGUUCGACUUUAAAGAGGAGUUUGCAAAAACACAAAGAAACAGUGUAAAAUGGGAAACGUUCCAGUUGUCCAUGAAGUGGGAACCAGUUUUUUAUCACUUGGUGAUGCCAUUACUGGGCACCCAGAGAAAGCUCGAGAAAGAUGGCAGGCAUACGCUCAAGAAAGUUUUGUUGGAUCUUAUGUUGCCAGUGUUGCAGAAGUAUGCAAAGGUAAUCCGGAUAAAGCAGAAGAGUACUUGAAAGGUAUGGGUCGCGCAACUGGUAAGAUGGUGCUUGGGGGAGGGCUCCUGCGUGACGUUCCCGUUUUUCAUGAGCUUGCUGUUUGUGGAGAGUCCCUGGGAGAUGUGAUAGGUGGAGGAGACACCAAAUCUGCAGAAAAAAGGUGGGAGACAUAUGCAGAAAGCAGUUUAAUUGGUGGCGGGAUAGCAGCACUUGGAGCAAAAAUUGCUGGCGACGAUGAGGAAGCUAAAAAGUUUGCAAAAGGUUGUGGUAAGGCUGCACUCAGGUUUGGUGUUUCAGCUGCCGGGAUAGCAGCCACUGCAGCCACUGGGGGGCUAGCAGCUCCCUAUGGUGUCGCCGCUUCUGUUGCUACUGGGACGACAGUUGGUGGAGCGACGGGGGCCGCCUCAACAGCUCUGGUGCAGGUUAUAGAUAAAGGGAAAGUAGACGAUGCUGGUGCGAUUGUUGGUAAUGGUUUGUUUGGAGGUGUUGUUGGAGGAGUAAGCGAUGGGAUUGCUGCUAAGAGGGCUGCCUCAAAGGCUAAAGCGCAAGCCAACAGGCCCAAGAGAGCAAGAGCAAACUCAGAGUCUUUAUCGACCUCCUCUGAAGCGGAGUUUUUCCCUCAACAUUCUUCCACAACAGAACGACGAAACAGCUUCUCAUUUGAAGGAGGGAAAGCAAAACGAAACAGCGAAUUUUCAGAUGUGUGGAGUCCAAAAGACGCCGGCAAGAAGGCAGACGUUAAAGCUGCUAAUGAAGCCGCAAGAAUCGACAUUCAAGAGUCACUUAAAAAUUGCAGUAGAAAAACUCGUCCAGCCAAAACAUCCGUGACCCAAGAUGCGAAAGGCAAUGCAUAUGGUACCUCAUCUGUGAGGGGACCUAAAAGAGCUAAACUGCAAGAUACUUUAGGCAGCAAGCAAAGCAGAGUCUUAGAUUCCAUCCCAGAGGAAGUCCGUGGUGUCGGGCAUGGCAACUGCGCUGAGCAGGUUGCUGUGAAUAACACACGUUAUUUUCGGCAAAAAACCGGUGAUCAGCUGUUUGCAAAGAACAGUAAAAUAAAAGUGCAGGCAUAUGCACAAAUGAAAGGCGUUAAAGGGGUAUACAAUGUCCCAGUGAAACCUUGUGGCUCGUGCCAAGUGGUUCUCAAUGAGGUUGGCAUUUCACAUAGUGCCACACCAGCAAUACCCGUGACGUGUGAUGCCAUGGCCCAAAUGAUUGCCGCUGGUUUGACUGUUGGCUGCAAAGCGUGUCAACAUUGCCAGGAAAAGAAAAACUGACUCUCUUUGCAAAGCAACUGGAGAGUGAGUUAGGCAUGAUUGAAUUUUUUCUGAUUCGGUGUUUUUCUUUUAAUUUUGACCGUAGACAGGUGUGAAAGCAACAAUUACUAAACAAAGCGAUCUCAUUGUUAAGAAGCAAAACAGAAAUUUUGCAAUGAAGCAAUCAGAAAGGUGUAAUGGUAAUGUGCAAGUACACUGAGGCAUUAGUCAUGGAUCAUUAGUUAUUGAUUGAUAGAUUGAUUGAUUGAUUGAUUGAUUGAUUGAUUGAUUGACUGUGCACAUGCACUCUGAUUUGUCAAUUUAAGCAUUAUUUUGACUAUUAUAUUUCGCAGUUACUUAGAUUCAGUGUCCUUUAUAUGAUUAGAACACUUUCAAAACAGCAGAGCAAGACCGGAUAAAGUCGCAAUAGGAACAUUUUUUGGUGAUACGACUGUAGUGUUAACUCAAUCCAGAUAUAAACUUUCACCUGCAUGGUCUUCCACGUUGCUCUGAAAAGCAUGAACUUGGUAGGUUUAGUCAGUCAAAUUUGAUAUUUGAUUAUUUCAGUGGAAUACUGGAAUCGUGCUGUGCUGAAAAAAUUCCACUAGUUUCGUAAGCAUAAUUAACUUCAACUCCUUCCAUCAGUCUUUGAUCAGUUAACAGUUCUGCCUCGAUCCUUAUUUUAGAGUCAAAAGCUUUCAGAGCUCUCUGAAACUGAAAAUUUUAGCAUUUUCAACUUUUUUAUCCGUGCUCAUGAAAGCCAGAGAGCAUAAUUUAGUUGAACAUUGUUUGGCCGUACAGCGCGUAAUUUCACUGCUCUAAUAAACUUAAGACCAGUACGUUUGGUAAAGUAAUUUAGCCAUUUUAAUAAAGAACUUUCUAGUAAGGA